UCCUCUGCUUCCUCUUCCUCUUUUCCUCCACGACAUUCCUGGAUUUCUCACUUGGAAUGUUUCACUCAGAGAAUCUGCAAACUGAGACGGAGACAACUGAGACAGAAACAAUAGAGACAAUAGAGACAACUGAAGCAGAAACCUUAGAAACAACAUGGGCAACAGAGUCGCAGAUAGCCGAGUCUGUCCUCACAUCAGAUGGACAGGGACAACAUGGAAUACAGAGACAACAGUAUGGACUCUACAAAUGGACGCCUGUCUUCUGUAGGUCAGUGAUGGCCGCCGUGUUUGCUGCAGGCCGACACAAAACCCAACCCAGACCCCAUGUUGAUCGUCAUGGCCUCGCUGGAUGGGAGCACGCCAGUUGAGACACUUCUGGCAGCAAUCCAUCUGGACAGGUACCUGGACACCUUCCACAGAGCUAGCCUCCUAUUGGCUAGAGACUUCACACACCUGGACCAUGACGCAUUGGUCAGUCUGGGUGUAACCGCCACAGGACACAGGAAGAGAAUCCUGCGAUUGGUCAGCCACAUCCAGAGGACAGAGGGUCAAAGAGCCAAUCAGAGAGCUGAUCCUCCACGUGACCGCUGUCAGUCGGUGGUAGAGAGAGGUUCCAGCGCAGCAUUGCUCCAUCAGUCACCCGGACCCCGAAACAGCUCGACUCCAAACCUCACCGCUAUGCUGACCAGCUCCGACAGCAGCAAAGCGGCGGUGAAACCCGUCCCCAAACCCAGAACUGUCUUCAACCGCCGCAGGACCGCACCUGUCUACUUCUGUCCAGCGGUGGAUCCUGCUCCGUCGCUUCCCAGACGGCUGUCCCAGGAAUCGAUCUGCUUCACUGUAUUGGAGGGUCUGAGCUCAGUGGACACGCCCACACCUUAUAACACUCUGAGCUCCCAGGACACACCUGAGACUGGACGAAGACCUAGCCAGGUGGGCCGAACCAGGCCCGGCCGCAGCCUGUCUUUGUCAGACACUGGAGGGUUGGUACCACCGGUCCCCCCUCGCCUGAACCGUGGAGCCCUGUCCCCCAUGUCUCGACCCUCCUCUUCCUCCUCUUCCUCUUCACCUGUACGCACAGAGCAGAAGCAGCUUGUAUCCUUGCUGCCUCGUCCUGGUAGUCUGGACAAGUUGUCUGGAUCCUCGGGUUCUGCUGGAGGAGCAGGAAUAGAGAUGAUCUCCAAUGAGAUCUACUGGGGUGCCUCACCCAUCUCUACUGGUCCUGGUGGAGGGAGGAACUACAGCAGCCCACAGCAGGCUCCUCCCACUCCACCCAGGAACCACGACAGGAACCUCGAGAGGAACAGUGGAAGCACUCUGAGUAACAACUCUUCAUCAUCAGCCAGAGCUUCAACCGAAGACCCCGAGGAAGAGAUCAGCCCCUACUGUGAGACGGUUUUCCACACCAGAAGACCUCCACAAAUCAGUGAGAGUGAAAGAAGCCGGCUGGACGGAAGAGAGACGAGGACGGAGGAGGACAGACAUGCAGGGGGUCAUGGGGGUCACAAGUUCUCCUGGACGAAGCGUCUGUCGCAGGCGUUUCACUCCGGAGACUCUCAGGGUUACAGCACCAUUGGAGAAGCUCCGCCCCCCCUGAGCUGCCUCUCUUUGCCCCCCCACACCUUCACCUCAGAGGCUGACGAGGAUCUAACCAUCUCCCCGUACGCCAGCUACACAUCCCUGACCGAGAGAGCCCCGCCCAUCAUCAGCAGCUGGCUGGACAAGCUAUCACCACAGGGGGAUCGGAGGUCAGCAACGGCUGCUCUGCUGUGUCUCCUCCUCUCUGCUUCUCCCUGUGUCUCCUCCGUACUGAGGAACUGUCUCUGCCUCAUCGCCUUCUUCUCCUCCACUUCUUCCUCCUGCUCUUCUUCCUGCACUCGAAACUAUGUUUUCCAGAAGCGCUUUGUGAAGUUUGAUGGCAAAAAUCUGAUGUACUUCAGCAGCGAUAAGGAUGUUUACCCUAAAGGAGUGAUCCCAUUGGCUGCCAUCCAGAUGGUCCGCCCUGCUAAAGAUAACAAAUUUGAAAUAGUCACGAGUCAACGGAUCUUCGUGUUCCGGACUGAGAACGAAGUGCUGAAGCGGCGCUGGUUGUCCACGCUGCAGGAACACGUCCGGGAUCAGCUGGUCUUCGGGCGGCGCCGUUUCGGGCCUGGGUCUCACUGCCAGAAACACGGUGUCCUCGAACUCAAAGGAACCAAGUCUAAAGUGUACGCCGCCAUCAACACAGACCAGAUCUGGCUCUACAAGAGCGAACAGUGUUUCCGUAACGGAAUCGGCAUCACAGUGAUCGAAGCUCGAGGAGCAACAAUCCGAGACGGAAAACACAGAAGCUUUGACCUCAUCACUCCGUACAAAACCUUCAGCUUCACAGCUGAGUCGGACCGGGAGAAGCGUGACUGGAUGGAAGCACUGCAGGAGGCAAUAGCAGAGACUCUGUCGGAUUACGAGGUAGCCGAGAAGAUCUGGUCCAACCGAUCCAACAGGAUGUGUGCUGACUGCAAGGCCCUGAACCCGGACUGGGCCUCCAUCAAUCUGUGCGUGGUCAUUUGCAAGAACUGUGCAGGGCAGCACAGAGGUCUGGGGACGAUGGUUUCUAAAGUUCAGAGUCUGAAACUCGACACCAGCGUGUGGAGCAAUGAAAUCGUCCAGCUGUUCAUCAUGCUGGGGAACGACCGGGCCAACGAUUUCUGGGCGGCCCGUCUCUCUCUGUCCGAGGAGUUGGACUGCGACGCGUCACCUGAGCAGAGGAGGGAGUUCAUCACCCAGAAGUACAGAGAUGGACGCUUCCGGCUGGUCCACCCGGGGUUCAGCAGCCAGGAGGAGCUGCUCCGGGUCCUCUGCUCCGCCGUCUCCGAGCAGACUCUCCUAAAAACUGUCACUCAGAUCUUCUCUGAGGCGGAGACAGCUCGUCUCGCCAGCGAAUCACACAGCUGCCUGCAAAAUACGGAGCUGCUGGGUCGCUGCCCCACAUCAGACCCCAGUGUGUACGAUGAGAUCAUGCAGCCUGUUCUUCACUCUGGUUUCCUCUACAAGUCCAGCUCCACCAGCAGAGGAACACUGUCCAGGAAAACCCGAGAAGACUUCCAGAAGUUCUGGUGCUCCGUGGAUCAGUCCCUGCUCCUCUACGAGUCAGAUCGGUCAUCGGAAUCCUGCAUGCAGAUCAGCGUCAAAGACAUCGUGUGUGUGGGAGUCAGCCGACCCGACUCGUCCAGGAACCACGGGUUCAUUGACAGGUUCCGCUACACCUUCGAGUUGUAUCUGACUUCGGAAAAACUUUAUCAGUUUGGUUUGGAAACAGCUGACGCUCUGCACAACUGGACCAGAGCCAUCGGAACGGCUGCGACCCCGAUCAGCUGUCACUGCCUGCUGACCCGGGAGUUUGAGCGGGUCGGGCUCCUGCGGUACCGGGCCAUGCUGGACCCUCAGCAGUGGAAAGAAGCUUACUUUGUCCUGCAGAAGUCCAACCUCUUCAUCUGCCCCCGGAACGACGGAGCCGCUGAGGACAUCAUCAACCUGAACCGCCUGCAGGAACUGAGUAUCACCUCAGAGGGCGAGAACCAGGAGAAGAAAGACAUCCUGGUUCUGGUGGAGAAGGGAAGGACACUCCACCUUCAGGGUGUUGGCCGGACAGACUUCUCUCUGUGGUUCUCGGACAUCCAGCGAGCUGCCGGGGGAAAAGGGAACGCUCUGAGGGAGCAGCAGAUGAGUAGGAAUGACAUUCCCAUCAUCGUGGACAGCUGCAUCGCCUUCAUCACGCAGUAUGGUCUGGGCCACGAGGGGAUCUACAGGAAGAAUGGAGCCAAAUCCAGGAUCAGGCUGCUGAUGGAAGAGUUCCGUAAAGAUGCUCGAAAUGUCAAACUGCGGAUCGGAGACCACUUCAUCGAGGACGUGACCGAUGUUCUUAAGAGGUUCUUCAGAGAGAUUGAUGACCCAAUCUUCAUGGCCGACCUGCACCCCCUGUGGCAGGAGGCUGCCAAAAUCCCUCAGAAGCGUCUAAGGUUGGACCGCUACAAAGAAAUCAUCCGGAGUCUUCCUCGUGUGAACCGGACCACUCUGGCUGCUCUCAUCAGUCACCUGUACAGGGUCCAGAAGUGCGCCGACCUGAACCAGAUGUGCACCAAGAACCUGUCGCUGCUGUUUGCUCCGAGCCUGUUCCAGACUGACGGGAAAGGGGAGCAUGAGGUGAAGAUCGUAGAGGAUCUGAUAGACAACUACCUGUAUGUCUUCGAGAUCGACGAGGAGCAUCAGACUCAGAUCGAGCUGGAAGUCAGCCUCAUCACCUCCUGGAAGGACACGCAGCUGUCUCAGGCCGGUGAUCUGAUCAUCGAAGUCUACUUGGAGAUGAAGAUCCCUGACUGCUGCAUCACCCUGAAGGUGUCUCCCACCAUGUGUGCUGAGGAGCUGACCAAUCAGGUUCUGUACAUGAGGAACGUCCCGGCUGGAGACAAAGAUGUGUGGAUGACGUUUGAGGCCAUCGAAGACGGACAGCUAGAGCGUCCGCUACACCCCAAAGAGAAAGUCCUGGAGCAGGCACUGCAGUGGUGUAAACUGGCCGACCCGAGCUCUGCCUACCUGGUGGUGAAGAGGGUUCCUAAAGGAGAAGGCAUCACCAUCCUCACCUCUUAUAAGAGCGAGAUCAUGAAGAUUGGUCUGUUGAGGUGUCGAGAGGAGCCUCCGAAGCUCCUUCAGGGGACCAGAUUUCAGGAGAGAACUUUCCAGAUCCAAGACCACAAACUGCUACUGCUCAAAGACAAGAAGAGCAUCAAACCAGAGAAGGAGUGGCCUCUGAAGUCCAUGAAGCUCUACAUCGGCAUUCGCAGGAAACUCAAAGCUCCGACCAGGUGGGGAUUCACUGUGAUGUCAGAGAAACAUCAGCUGUACCUGUGCUGCACCUGCGAGGCUGAGCUCUGGGACUGGGUCACCGGCUUCCUGAAAGCUCAGAACGAUGACCCUGGUCCUCCAGUGCUGCGCCGCCACUCAUCCUCCGACAUCUCCAAGCAGAAGUUCGGAACGAUGCCGCUCGUCCCAAUCCGAGGAAACGAAAGCAACAGCAGCAUGUUGUCAGCCAAUCAGACGCUGAGGAAGUUACAUGACAGAAGGACAUUGUCCAUGUACUUUCCCAUGAAGGUUCAGCAGGACUCAUUUGAGGAGCGUUCUGAGUCUCCAGAUCUCCCAGAGCCACUCUACGAGGAGGUUGGAGACUUUGGUCUACAGGUUCUGAAAUCUCUGGAGACCAGCUUCCUGUCCAGCAGCGCCGCAGAGACGCAGGAAGUCCUGGACCAACCACCACUUAGACUGGUUCUAUCAGAAACUGGACAGCUGAACCCCAUGAUAGUCCCAGAGAAGGACCGGCCAGUUGGUGGCUCCGUGGAGACGCUGGAGCAGAGUAGUAGCAGCAGCAGUGGAGGAGCAGAAGGAGGAGGUGAUGGAGCAGACAGCAGCUGCUUGGAUUCAAAGGUCCUCCAUCAGCCUGAAGGGAGGAGGAGGCAGCAGCUGCAGGGAGUCUGCACGCCAUCACAGGAGCUGCUCCUGCAGGAGCUGUCGUCUGCCUUCACCAAGAAGACUGAGGAGGAGGAGGAGCAACCAUAUGAUGUCUGACCGACACACCUGAGGAGGAGAACAAGUUAGAACGUGUCAAAUUUGAACAGUCUGGUGGAGUUUAUUCAGUCUUCAUCAUGUGGUUUUCAGAGUUUGGACUGGUUCCAGUAUAAAAGCUACUGGUUGCGAGUGGAAUGGAUCAGAACUGUCCAUGGGUCGGUGCAGAACCUUAAGUCAGAAAGUCUGAAGAUAAAAACAGACUGUGGCCUGAGCCGGACUCUGAUUGGUUGGAUUUUAUGUUGGUCUGAACGCGACAGGAAGUCUUUUUCAGAUGUUGGACAUCAUGUGAUUUAUGUGCAGACUUUCCAACAUGGCCGCUCAUGUUUGUGGUGUUAAUGACUACUGUUCUGUUCAGAUAUUCUGAGUGUCGAGACCCAAUAAACCCGGAUGAAUAAUGUGAA